GCUUCAUCGUCAUCAUGCACGUGAUUAAACGAGAUGGGCGCCAUGAGGCAGUCAGUUUCGAUAAAAUCACAUCUCGCAUCCAAAAGCUCUGCUAUGGACUCAGCGCUGACUUUGUGGACCCUACCCAGAUCACCAUGAAGGUGAUCCAGGGUCUGUACAGUGGCGUCACCACCGUGGAGCUGGACACUCUGGCUGCAGAGACCGCUGCCACCCUCACCACCAAACACCCGGACUACGCCAUCCUGGCUGCACGGAUCGCCGUGUCCAACCUGCACAAAGAGACCAAGAAAGUAUUCAGUGAUGUGAUGGAAGACUUGUACAACUAUGUCAACCCUUUAAAUCAACGCCACUCGCCCAUGAUCUGCAAGGAGACGCUCGACAUCGUCCUGGAGAACAAAGCUCGCCUCAACUCUGCCAUCAUUUACAACAGAGAUUUUUCCUACAACUUCUUCGGCUUUAAGACUCUUGAGCGGUCAUACUUGUUGAAGAUUAAUGGCAAAGUUGCUGAGAGACCCCAGAACAUGCUGAUGAGGGUGUCAGUCGGGAUUCACAAAAGAGACAUCGAUGCAGCUAUUGAGACCUACAAUCUGCUGUCAGAGAAGUGGUUCACCCACGCCUCCCCCACCCUGUUCAACGCAGGCACCAGCAGACCUCAGCUGUCCAGUUGUUUCUUGCUGUCCAUGAGAGACGACAGCAUCGAGGGGAUUUACGACACGCUGAAGCAGUGUGCGCUCAUCUCCAAAUCAGCUGGAGGUAUUGGAGUAGCAGUGAGCUGCAUCAGAGCUACAGGCAGCUACAUUGCUGGGACUAAUGGCACCUCCAACGGACUGGUUCCUAUGCUGCGAGUGUACAACAACACGGCGCGUUAUGUGGAUCAGGGCGGCAACAAGAGGCCUGGUGCGUUUGCCAUGUACCUGGAGCCGUGGCAUUCGGACGUGUUUGAGUUUUUGGACCUGAAGAAGAACACCGGGAAAGAAGAGCAGCGGGCCAGAGACCUGUUCUUUGCCUUGUGGAUCCCAGACCUCUUUAUGAAACGAGUGGAGCGCAACCAGGACUGGUCCCUGAUGUGUCCAAGCGCAUGUCCAGGGUUGGACGACUGCUGGGGGGAGGAGUUCGAGGAGCUCUACACUCGGUACGAGAGGGAGGGCAGGGCCAGGCGGGUGGUGAAGGCUCAGCAGCUGUGGUACGCCAUCAUCGAGUCGCAGACAGAAACCGGGACUCCUUACAUGCUCUACAAGGACGCCUGCAACAGGAAGAGCAACCAGCAAAACCUGGGCACCAUCAAAUCCAGCAACCUGUGCACGGAAGUUGUUGAGUACACGAGUGAAGAUGAGAUUGCAGUGUGUAACCUGGCAUCCAUUGCCCUCAACAUGUACGUCACCUCAGAGAGGACCUUUGACUUCACAAAGCUUGCAUCUGUUACCAAAGUCAUCGUCAAGAACCUCAACAAGAUUAUUGACAUCAAUUUCUACCCAGUACCGGAGGCUGAAAAGUCUAACAAGCGCCACCGGCCAAUUGGAAUCGGUGUCCAGGGUCUGGCUGACGCCUUUAUCCUCAUGCGUUAUCCGUUUGAAAGUCCAGAGGCCCAGCUGCUCAACAUUCAGAUCUUCGAGACCAUCUACUACGCUGCUCUGGAGGCCAGCUGUGAGCUGGCAGCAGAAGUCGGCACGUAUGAAACCUACGCUGGCAGUCCUGUCAGCAAGGGAAUCCUUCAGUACGACAUGUGGGGUAAAACCCCAACAGACCUGUGGGACUGGACGGCACUGAAGGAGAAAAUUGCCAAGCACGGCGUGAGGAACAGCCUGCUGUUAGCCCCGAUGCCCACGGCCUCCACAGCUCAGAUCCUGGGCAACAACGAGUCGAUCGAGGCGUACACAAGCAACAUCUACACUCGCAGGGUGCUCUCAGGAGAGUUUCAGAUUGUAAAUCCUCACCUGCUGACAAACCUCACAGAGAGAGGGCUGUGGAACGAGGAGAUGAAGAACCAGCUGAUCGCUCACAACGGCUCCAUCCAGGACAUCAGAGGGAUUCCAGAUGAUCUGAAGCAGCUGUAUAAAACCGUGUGGGAAAUCUCCCAGAAAACUGUCCUGAAGAUGGCAGCAGAUCGUGGCGCUUACAUCGACCAGAGCCAGUCUCUGAACAUUCACAUCGCCGAGCCAAACUACGGCAAACUCACCAGCAUGCACUUCUACGGCUGGAAGCUGGGUCUGAAAACUGGCAUGUACUACCUGCGAACGAAGCCGGCAGCCAACCCCAUUCAGUUCACCCUGAACAAGGAGAAACUAAAGAAGGGCGAGGAAGAGGAGGAAGAAGAGGCCAGAGAGCGCAACACUGCAGCCAUGGUGUGCUCUCUAACCAACAGAGACGAAUGCCUGGCCUGCGGCUCCUAAAUCCAGUCCAAUGAAAAC